GGGUAGGCUAUCUUUUUUUUUUGCUUAAUGAGUACCUUCUUCAUCUUUCUCACCAAAGGUGCCCUUACUUCAAUUAUUCUCAGUUUCUCACCGACUCAACCUCAUCAUCAUCUUCACCCAUUGGUUCCAUUUAUUCCUUUUCCAACCAACGCUCCAAUGGCUUCAUCACCUCCCAACUUUUGCCACCAUCUUCUUCCUUUUUCAGCCGGUGCCCGCGACGGCUAAUUGCAGAAAUGACGGCGGCAGGUUUCUCCCACUGCUGUAGCAGAGGCUAUUAGCUUUGGGUUUUUGGGUUCUGGCGACGGCGGACAGACCCUGGCAGAAGCAGCGGCGGAAAAAUCCCGGCUGGAGCGGCGGCGGCGGCGGCAAGCAUCAGCAGCAACGGCGGAAAGUUUAGCCUUUGGAAUCUUGCUCUAGCACUGUAAAGUCUUGAAAUUGGAAAAGAAAAUUUUGUCCAGUUCUUUUUAACUUUUACUUCAGAACCUUUGACCUUUCCCAAUGGAGUCUUUCUCAAAGCAUUUUGUCUCACUGAGUAUGAUCUCAGCUCCCUUAAAACCUAGAAAUACAUCUGCCCGUACUUUGAAUACCUCAAAUGGCAGAAAAUGGUGCUGCAGAAUUACCAGUAAAACGAGGCCAGUAAUGGCUGAACCGCCCUCUGCUUUGACUUACAAGAAAUUUGUCCACUUUGCUUUGGAAGAAACUAGGAAACAUACCAACUUGAGCCCUUCUCCAUUGCAGGAGAAGUUUGGUUGCUUGUCUUCCAUUGAUGGGAAAACGGAGCUCCACAUGCACUCUUUUGAGUCACCUAAGAUUAGACUACUCCGAAGUUUAUGCAUUGAAGGGAGUGAUAGUAUGCAGGUAUUAGAUUUUGCCAUCUUUCCCCGAGUAGAGUUUGAUCUCCCAAUUUUCUGUGCCAACUUUUUUACCACGGCAGCCAUGAGCAUAGUUUUAUUGGACCUCAAUCCGUUACACGAUGUCAUUAGUCAACACGAUUACAAGAAAAAAUACUAUACACACUUAAUUCCCCUUGGAAAUGAGUAUACCGAGCUUUUUCCAUGGGGAGGAAAGAUCACUUCUGAAUCAAUGAAGUUUUUCUCGCCCAUUGUAAUAUGGAGCAAGUUUCCCCCAAGCCAGCAGAAGCAUCAUCUUUUGUAUUCUGCUUUCUGUGACUAUCUCAAGUCAUGGCUUCAGUUGAUGGACCAUGUAACAGCGGAAACAGAUUCUUCUAAGAUUAUCAUGAAUCUUGAAGCUCAACAUAGGUAUCUCACAUGGAGGGCAGAAAAGGAUCCCGGCCACCAACUUCUGAGAAGAUUAACUGGGGAGACACUUGCAAAGGAAAUAAUCAGGAGUUUCCUUUUCAAAGGAGUUGAUGAACUGGGCAUGAAGAUGUUCAUCGAUUACUUCCCAGAGUACAAGUGCGACGAUGGGACUGUAAAUCAGAAGCGCAGUAUGGUUGGAAAAUCGUUCGAAAGUCGCCCAUGGGAUACAAGAGGAGAAUUCAUGGGUAACACUUCAAAAUAGAAAGUGUACUGCAGCAUAUGCUGGUGGCAGUGCGAUGUCAAUAUAGCAGUGUGAAUGUUGGUGGCUGGCAAUGUGAGAGUGGUAGUGUGGUGGUGGCCUGGUCCACCAGUCAAUGAUGGUCAACGUCAGUUUGCCAAUGCCGUAGGUGGCGUGGAACAACGCUUUCUGACGUUUGCGGAGGUGGUGCCAGGAUGCCGAUGGCAAAACAAUCACAACCGUCAGCAACAGAUACUUGCCUCAAUUAUCCCAACCAUUUCAACAAAGAGUAACUACAAGUAAUUACUUCAAUAAGUUAUGAAAUAUUUGCACUGAAUAGCACUAAAACUUAAGUCAUUUUCCUAAAUAACACUUAAACUGUUUUAUUCUCUAAAUAACACUUAAUAAUGUCAUGAAGGAGGAUUACUGUCUAGUGAUGGUGAACAUUUACUUGAAUAAUGACUAAUGGAUAAUGAUUAAAAGUGCUACAUUGGGAAGAAAACACAUAUAAUCCUACUUAGGGAAAAUCAUU